UUGAGGAAGAUGGCUACAAGCUCGCAAGCUUUUCGUCCCUGUUACAGGGACCUGCCUGGCUUCGUCCUGGACCACGGGCUAGAUGAGGACAGACCAAUCCUCAUCGACGCCGCCACCCCAGAGAGGGCCAUCACCAAGGCACAGGCCAAGGUAAUGGUGGAAAAUACGGCGCAGGGUCUGCAAGCUGCGGGCCUCAAGCGCGGAGACACGGUGUGUGUUGUUCAUUUGAACGACAUCAUGUACCCGGUAGUUUUCCUGGCCAUCAUCAUGGCAGGNGGUGUGUUUUCGGGGGCUAACCCCAUGUACAAGGCUGGUGAGCUCCGCCACCACUUCGAGGUCUCGGAGACCAAGUUUGUCUUUUCCGAUCCCGCCUCCCUUGCUGCGAUCUCCGAGGCCUCUGAAGGUCUCUUCGAUGCUGGCAACAUCAUCGUCUGGGGCGAUGAAGAGGCCGGUGCGUCGGUCGGUGCCCGGUACUCGCUCGCUGGGUUUCUGGCUGGUCUUGCUGAUGCACCGGCCCUCGACCCGGUCUCCUUCGACGACGAGACCCGGGCUAGAGACACCGUCGCCGUCCUCAUGUCGACGAGUGGCACCACCGGCUUGCCCAAGAUGGCUGCCCGAUCACACUUGAGUCUCGUCACCGAGAACCUGGCCAUCCAAGACGGCCUUGCGAAGAACUACGAGGUCGCCCGUUUGCUCUUCACCCCGUUCUUUCACGGAUUCACCGCCCCUCUCGCUCUGGUCGACGCUCUCGUUCAUGGCCGAACCACCUAUGUCAUGCCUCGGUUCAAUGUCAACAGUUGCCUGGAGUACGUCGAGCGCUACAACAUCACAGAGAUUGCAGCACCNCCUCCCGUUCUUUUGGCAUUCCGUCGGGUACCCGAGGCCGAACGCACGGCGCUUCGCUCAAUUCGUCUCAUCUGGAGUGGCGGUGCUCCCAUGGCGGCCAAGAUGCAGAAUGAAGCUGUAGCCAUGUUUUACAGAUACGCACGCAUCGUUCAAGUCUACGGUAUGACUGAGGCCGGAUGGAUCACGACAUUCAAGUAUCCCGAGAUGGACGAAACCGGUUCGGUUGGCCGUAUCCUCCCAUCUUACGAGGCCAUACCAUUUUCACUGAUAAAAUCAUCAGGAUCNGUUUCGGACGAAGACGGCACAGACAUCACCGCAACCCAAAAGGAAGGCAUGCUCUUCGUCAAAGGCCCCAUAACCAUGCUCUCCUAUCACAACAAUCCCUCCGAAACUUUCAAUACCCUCCGCAACACCUGGCUCCGCACAGGCGACAUCGCCUACUUCUCCCGCGACCACAAACUCUACAUCACCGACCGCCUUAAAGACGUCAUCAAGUACCGCGGCUGGCAAAUUUCGCCCACAGAAAUCGAAGCUUGUCUACUUUCCCACGAAGCCGUUGCCGAUGCCGGAGUCUUUGGGUUCUACAACUCAGACGUUGACCAAGAAACCCCUGUCGCGCAUGUGGUGCUCAAAGCUGGUGUGCCGCUGUAUCACGAGCAAUUCGGCAGCAUGACCGAAUUAACAGAGUACUGCAAGGACAAGCUCGCAAAGUACAAGACGGUGGCGCUCAAUGUUCGCUUCAAAGCAAGUAUUCCCAAGAACCCUGCUGGCAAGAUCUUGAGAGAUGGGAUGCGGCUUGAGGAGCUGAACUGGGGAGAUGUCAGAGAGUGGAUGCUUAAGUGCAGGGACUGGAACGCGGGCCCGCCUGACGAAGAAGAAAUCGUGUGGGAAGAAGGCGAGGAAGGUGUGUGGCAAGAUGAGGAUGUCGAUCAAGGUCCGUACGUCAACGAAGAGACCGAAAAAGACAAGGCUGAGAAUGAGAUCCUUGCAAGAAGGCUCGACAUACUGGGUCUUUGA